AAAGUGGGAAAAAGUACUAAUUGCGGCAGUGAGUCCACUCCAUUUUACUUUGGAGGGGUAGCUUCCUGCGCCGCUGCCAUGGUCUCACAUCCUUUCGACCUGGCCAAGGUUCGGCUCCAGACAGUCACUGGCGCAAGCCGGUCAGGAAUGCUAAAGACCAUGUUCACCAUUUUCACCCAAGAAGGCCCUACCGCCUUGUAUGCCGGUCUAUCAGCCAGUUUGCUCCGCCAAGCAACUUACUCGACUGUUCGUUUUGGCGUCUACGACAAACUCAAAACCGCCAUGACAACCGGGAAUCAGAAACCCGGUUUCGUGCAGAUGUUGGUUUGUUCCAGUAUUGCUGGAGCCUUGGGUGGAGCAUGUGGUAAUCCUGGUGAUGUUGUUAAUGUUCGUAUGCAAAACGACGGUCAGCUGCCAGCUGCUCAACGACGAAACUAUCGUAACGCACUGGAUGGUGUGAUUCGUAUUACUCGUGAGGAGGGCGUUGCCUCCUUAAUGAGAGGUGUUGGUCCCAACGUCAAUAGAGCCAUCUUGAUGACAGGAUCACAGUUGGUCAGUUACGACGUGUUCAAGGACUUGUUGCUCAACAACGUUGGCCUUUCCGACGGUAUGGGUGUGCAUUUCGGCUCCAGUCUUUUAGCGGGUUUGGUCGCUACAACGGUAUGCUCGCCCGUUGAUGUCAUCAAGACUCGUAUCAUGAGUGCCAGUUCGGCUCAAGGGGUGGGAGCUGUAUCUGCUAUGAAGGAUAUGAUCCGCACUGAAGGCGUUCUCUCUUUGUUCAAGGGUUGGACUCCAGCUUUCAUUCGCCUCGGUCCACAUACAAUUGUCACCUUUAUGGUUUUGGAACAACUGAAGCAAUGGCAUCAAGCUUUCUAUUCCCAAAAACCUGCCGUUGUCGCCAUGAACAAGGCAUAGACCAGCAUAUUUCACCCCCUU